AUGGGCUCUGUAACGGACAUUCCAUUCACCGAACAUGACCAAAACGUCCCCCACUGGAAUCUCACCGAGCUAGACCGCAUGCUACUUCGACAGACCGAUGAAGAAUACGAGCCACACUCAUGGGACGAACUGAAAUGGAUAAUUGCGGAAAAUCGCCUCGAACUUUUCAAGCGCCUCCCCUCGCAUCUUAGACGCUACAUUAAAUGGUCAACCAGCGUAAAGGACCAAUACGGCAGCAUUCUAAACUACAUCUGUCAGGAGCGUCUCCGCUGGGACCAGCAACACUCAAAAGUCAUAUUCAAAGACCCGACCCCUUUCGCAAGCCCAUGCGACUAUUGCAUCCGCUUUAAUGACUGGCCGUACGGCGUCGCACCGGGCAUCAGGCAUCUGGUUGUUUGGCUGAAAACUCAAUUGCCCGUCCAGGAGGAUGGAAAUUUGACAGCCGAGUCGCGCGCGCGCAUCCAGACUUUUGUGUCGGCUACUUUUGUGCAGCGGCUAGCUAGAGAGAAUCAUCCGGAUGCACCUGAGGACCGGGUGCUGUGGUUUAAGAAUUGGGCUGCGCUGCAGAGUGUGUCGGCGCUUGAGCAUUUCCAUGUUAUGGUAAGUGAUGAGUUGCUCAUCCUCCACAUUCUUCUGCUGGCAUGGGGAUAUGAUGGGAAUCGCAUAAUAAAUAUAGAACGACUGUUUUUAAGCCGCCGAUUCUGUGCUAGAAUUGAGACGUGA